AUGGCCAUCUUGGCUGACUCAGUGCCAUCGCACUCCUACAUCAUUGUCGGCGCCGGCGUGUUUGGUGUUUCGACAGCAUACUAUCUCAUUCAAAAGUAUCCAACGGCAUCCGUCACGAUUGUAGACCGUGAUGCUUACGAUGCGAACACUCGUGUCGCAGCGUCUUGGGACUGGAAUAAGGUCGUGAGGGCAGAUUAUGAUGACUUCGUUUACUGCAAAAUGGCCGUCGAAGCACAGGAUAUCUUCAAGUCAGACCCACUAUGGAAGCCGUACUUCCACGAGACAGGCAUCUAUUGGAUGUGCAGGACCGACUACGCCCAGGAUGUGAUCAAAAACUACCAAAAGCUCGGGCGCAAGGCUGACCUCCGGGCUGUCCCGAUAGAAGAAGCCCGGAAGCUGUACAGUGGUCUUUUUGAAGAAGCUGAUUAUACAGGGGUCAAGGAAGUCCUGGUGAACAAGACUAGCGGUUGGGGUGCUGCUGGAGAUUGCUUGAAGGCGGUCACCAAGAAGGCCAUCGAGCUAGGUGUGAAGUAUGUCACCGCGGAAGUCACUGGACUGCAGACGGACAGUGAUGGUCGUGUGCACGGAAUCAAGACAGCCGAUGGGAAGGUCUUGACCGCGACCCACACAAUCCUCUCGACUGGCGCUUUCACCCCUAAAUUGCUGGCGCGCAGUGCACAAAGCAGUGGCAUCAAAGCUCUGGACGCUGGACAGAGGAUCGUGGCUGGAGGCAUCGCCACCGGUAUGCACAAGCUCGACACCGAGUCACAUAAAACGUUCGCGUCGAUGCCUGUCGGAAUGCAAGGCUACAGUGCAAGGACCGGUCCCUUCAUCGGCAGCCUUCCUCCGACUCCUGAUCGAGAGUUGAAGUGGUGGGGACAGACCAUCUUCACGAACAGGAAAGAAGUGUCUCCGGGUCGAUUUAUUUCUAUGCCUCCUCCCAAGGAAGACUACGCACAGUGGAAGGUAUCUGACCGGUUAAAGGACGACAUCGUUCACGCCAGUGAAGUUUUCUACGGGAAAAAGGCAGCGGGAUGGAAAUUCGAGAAGCACCGUAUUUGCUGGGAUGCAUUCACGACCAGCGGCGAUUUCAUCAUUUCACCUCACACCGGCGCAAAGGGUCUCUAUGUGGCGACCUGUGGCAACUUCCACGGGUGGAAGUUCUUCCCAGUCCUCGGCAAGUAUGUCAUCGAGAUGUUAGAAGGAACGUUGUCGCCCGAGUUGAUGCAAAAGUGGUCGUGGGAUCGCGAAUGGCCAGAUCCAUGCAUGUUUCCCGACUAUCCACGAUACGAGAUGAAGGAUUUACUUGAUCCUGCUGUCAAGUUGUGA